UUUAUCUUGACAGUUCAGAAAUGUCCAGAAAUGGCAAAGAACCGUUUUUUGUGAAGUUUUUAAAGUCUUCAGACAAUUCUGAAUGUUUUUUUAAAGCUCUUGAGUCAAUAAAAGAAUUCCAAUCAGAAGAAUAUCUUCAGAUUAUUACACAAAAAGAGGCAUUGGAGAUAAGGGAGAAUGAUAGAUCACUGUAUAUUUGUGACCCUUUUGAUGGCAUUGUGUUUGAUCACCUCAAAAAGCUUGGCUGCAGAAUUGUUGGCCCUCAAGUAGUCAUAUUUUGUAUGCAGCACCAGCGAUGUGUCCCAAGAGCUGAACAUCCUGUUUAUAAUAUGGUUAUGUCUGAUAUAACCAUAUCUUGUACAAGUCUGGAAAAAGAAAAAAGGGAAGAAGUUCAUAAAUAUGUACAGAUGAUGGGCGGACGAGUAUACAGAGACCUUAAUGUAUCAGUAACUCAUCUUAUUGCAGGAGAAGUUGGUAGUAAAAAAUAUUUAGUUGCUGCAAAUCUCAAGAAACCUAUUUUGCUUCCCUCUUGGAUAAAAACACUUUGGGAGAAGUCACAAGAGAAGAAAAUAGCUAAAUAUACUGAUAUAAACAUGGAAGACUUCAAGUGUCCUAUUUUUCUUGGUUGCAUAAUCAGUGUGACUGGUUUGUGUGGCUCAGACAGGAAGGCAGUUCAACAACUCACAGUUAAGCAUGGAGGUCAAUACAUGGGACAGUUGAAAAUGAAUGAAUGUACACAUCUCAUUGUGCAAGAACCAAAAGGUCAGAAAUAUGAAUGUGCCAAGAGAUGGAAUGUACACUGUGUGACCACACAAUGGUUUUUUGACAGUGUUGAGAAAGGUUUUUGUCAGGAUGAAUCCAUGUAUAAGACAGAACCUAGACCAGAAGCAAAGACUAUGCCUGAUACUUCAACUCCUACUGGCCAGAUCAAUCCAAUUGAUAAUCGUACUCUUUCAGAUGUCAGCCAUAUUUCCAACAUAAAUGCAAGUUGUAUAGAUGAAUCAAUAUGUAAUUCAGUUAACAGCAAAUUGGAGCCUACACUUGAAAAUCUUGAAAAUCUGGAUGUCAGUGCAUUUCAAGCACCUGAAGAUUUACUAGAUGGUUGUCGGAUAUAUCUUUGUGGUUUUAGUGGCAGAAAGUUAGAUAAACUGAGAAGGCUUAUUAACAAUGGAGGAGGAGUUCGUUUUAAUCAGCUUAAUGAAGAUGUAACUCAUGUCAUCGUGGGAGAUUAUGAUGAUGAAUUGAAGCAGUUUUGGAAUAAAUCAGCCCACAGGCCUCAUGUAGUGGGAGCAAAGUGGUUGCUAGAAUGUUUCAGUAAAGGUUAUAUGCUUGCUGAAGAACCAUAUAUCCAUGCUAAUUAUCAGCCAGCGGAAAUUCCAGUUUCAGAUCAGCCUGAAAGUAAAGCAACUGUAUUAAAAAAGAAGAACGGUAGCUUCUCUAAGAAAGACUUCUCUCCCAGUGAAAAGCACGAGCAAGCUGAUGAAGAUCUGCUCUCUCAAUAUGUGAAUAAUAAUUCCACAGUAGUUGAAGCUGAGAAGUCUGAAGUUGCGCCCUUUGGUGAUUCUACUCACAUUACUUUGCAAGAAGAAAACCAGUCUUCUGUCAGUCAUUGCCUUCCUGACGUUUCUACAGUUACUGAAGAAGGCUUAUUUAGCCGAAAGAGUUUCCUCAUUUUGGGAUUUAGUAAUGAAAAUGAAUGUAAUAUUGCAAGCAUCAUAAAAGAAAAUGCUGGAAAAAUCACAUCCCCUCCAAGCAGGACUGUUGCUGAUUAUGCUGUGGUUCCGCUGCUGGGGUGUAAAGUGGAAGCAACUGUGGGAGAAGUCGUUACAAAUACGUGGCUGGUUACUUGUAUAGACUGUCAGACUUUAAUUGAUCCAAAGUCAAAUCCUCUCUUCACACCAGUUCCAGUAAUGACAGGAAUGACUCCUUUAGCAGAUUGUGUUAUUUCAUUCAGCCAGUGUGCUGGAGCAGAAAAAGAUUCUUUGAUAUUCCUAGCAAAUCGCCUUGGAGCAAGUGUUCAGGAAUAUUUUGUUCGCAAGUCCAAUGCAAAGAAGGGCAUGCUUGCCAGUACACAUCUUAUAUUGAAAGAGCCAGGUGGCUCUAAAUAUGAAGCUGCAAAGAAGUGGAAUUUACCGGCAGUGACGAUAGCGUGGCUGUUGGAGACUGCUAGGAUGGGAAAGAGAGCAGAUGAAAACCAUUUUCUCAUUGAAGAUUUGCCUAAACAAGAACAAAGUUUGGAAACUGAAAUAACAAAUGAGAUGACUCUAAAUACAAAUGCCUCAGAGCACCCUGGCACACACCAGGGAAUUCACAGAAAACCAGCUGUUACACCUUUAGAUAUGAAGCGCUUUCAGAGUAAGGCUUUCCAUGCUGUGAUCUCACAGCAUGCCAGGCAGACUUCAGCCUCGCCAGCGGUAGGACAACCACUUCAGAAGGAACCCUCAUUACACCUGGAUACACCAUCAAAAUUUCUGUCCAAGGACAAACUCUUCAAGCCUUCCUUUGAUGUGAAGGAUGCACUUGCUGCCUUGGAGACACCAGGAAGUUCCAGUCAACAGAAAAGGAAACUGAGCACACCACUUUCGGAAGUUAUUGUCAGAAACUUGAAACUUGCUCUAGCAAAUAGCUCUCGAAAUGCUGUUGCUCUUUCUGCCAGCCCUCAGCUGAAGGAUGCCCAGUCAAAGAAGGAAGAAACUCCAAAGCCACUUCACAAGGUGGUGGUCUAUGUGAGUAAAAAACUCAGUAAGAAGCAGAGUGAACUGAAUGGGAUUGCAGCCUCUCUAGGGGCCGAUUACAGGUGGAGUUUUGAUGAAACAGUGACUCAUUUCAUCUAUCAGGGUCGACCAAAUGACACUAAUCGAGAGUACAAAUCUGUAAAAGAAAGAGGAUUGCACAUUGUUUCAGAACAUUGGCUUUUAGAUUGUGCUCAAGAGUAUAAGCAUCUUCCUGAAUCUCUUUAUCCACAUACUUAUAAUCCCAAAAUGAGCUUGGAUAUCAGUGCAGUGCAAGAUGGUAGACCCUGUAACAGCCGACAACUCUCAGUUGUCUCUACAACAAAGGAUGCUGAGGCAGAUCAGUUGCCUUUAGAAGAAAAUGAUGUAAACAAUAUGACCACCAGUAAUAAAGAAUCAGCAUCAUCAAAUGGAAAUGGAAGGAGUGACUUUAAAGGAGCUCUGACUCAAACCCUGGAGAUGAGAGAAAACUUUCAGAAGCAGUUAAAGGAGAUAAUGUCUGCGACAUCAAUAGUAAAACCCCAAGCGCAGAGGAAUUCCCUUUCCAGAAGUGGCUGUAACAGUGCGUCUUCUACUCCUGACAGCACGCGCUCUGCUCGCAGCGGGCGAAGUCGCGUCCUAGAGGCACUGAGACAGUCUCGUCAAACAGUACCUGAUGUCAACACAGAGCCCUCCCAAAAUGAACAGAUCAUUUGGGAUGAUCCUACAGCAAGGGAGGAGAGAGCAAGGCUUGCCAACAAUUUGCAGUGGCCUACGUGUCCCACACAAUACUCUGAGGUUCCAGCUGACAUUAAAGACUUGGAGGAUUCUCCUUUUCAAGCACCUUUGUGUGAUUCAGAAACUGCUAAACAGGCUGUCUGUGGUGCUGAAAGCAUAUGUGUGACCGAAGCCCCUGAACGCCCAGUGCCUGAAGAACUGGAAACUUCAACAAAAGACAGCUGCCUGAUCCCGACACCUCAAGCCCCUAGUAUUGCUUUCCCCCUCGCCAACCCACCAGUGGCUCCACACCCGCGCGAGAAGGUUAUAAUGAUAGAGGAGACUCGUGAAGAAUUUAAAAAACAGUACAUAUUUCAGUUAUCAUCUCUGAAUCCUCAAGAACGUAUUGAUUAUUGUCAUCUGAUUGAAAAACUAGGUGGAUUAGUGAUAGAAAAGCAGAGCUUUGACCCCAACUGCACACACAUUGUUGUGGGACAUCCACUUCGAAAUGAGAAGUAUUUAGCCUCGGUGGCAGCUGGGAAGUGGGUGCUCCAUCGUUCCUACCUGGAAGCUUGCAGAACUGCUGGACGCUUCGUGCAGGAAGAAGACUAUGAGUGGGGAAGUAGUUCCAUACUCGACGUUUUGACUGGAAUCAACGUCCAGCAACGAAGACUAGCGCUUGCAGCAAUGAGAUGGAGGAAAAAAAUCCAGCAAAGACAAGAAUCAGGCAUUGUUGAGGGGGCGUUUAGCGGGUGGAAGGUUAUUUUACAUGUUGAACAGUCUCGAGAAGCAGGGUUCAAACGCCUUCUUCAGUCAGGAGGAGCAAAGGUGCUCCCUGGUCAUUCUGUAUCUUUAUUUAAAGAGGCCACACAUCUUUUUUUUGACUUCAAUAAACUGAAGCCAGAAGACUCAGGAGUUAAUAUAGCAGAAGCUGCUGCCCAGAACGUAUACUGCUUGAAGACAGAAUACAUUGCUGAUUAUCUCAUGCAGGAGUCUCCUCCUUGUGUAGAAAAUUACUGUCUACCAGAAGCUGUUUCAUUCCUUCAGAAUAAUAAGGAACCUGGGCCUGGAUUAUCACAGAAGAGAAAAGCGCCUGCAGUACAACAUAACCUCAAGCGACCUAGAGUGGUGUCUCCCCUUUAGCUGCCAGACAUGAAUUGUGCUCUCACAACUAAAGCCUGGGUGUUCCUGUGGUGGAUUUGUGUCGUGACAUCAAGAUGAGCACCUGAGGAAUUUUGCUUCAGAGUAUGGUGAUGAACCCACCUGAGUUUUGAGCACCUGAAGUUUUAAUCACUGAAAUAUUAACUGUUCCUUAAUAAAAAGUUACCUACGAUAACAACAACAAAAUGCAGUUCCUCGGCCAGCUAGUUGCACUGCACUGAAAUGUGGGGAGGGGGGCUUUGUUUAUUUUUAUUGUAAAUAUCUGAGGCUGUAGCUUAGUGGAAGUUUUAGAAGGUGAGGAAAUUAGCUUUAAUAUGUCUGCCUUCAUUCAUAACAGUAAGAGUUGUCAUGUUUUUUCAUGUUUUCUCUGAUUUUUUUAUCUUCUCACCGCUUCACCCCUUUUUAAAAAAUGGGAGCCUGAGUACAAGGUUUAACAAGGAAGCUCAGGCUUUAAACGUGUGUGUGUCUAUGUACAUGUAUGUCUGUACAAACCUCCAUGAUGUCUGCCAAGCCCGAUGCCCAAACUGGGAACACGUGACAAUAAAGAAUAAAAGUAGUGACUCACA